AUGUAUCUUGGAAGAGGCUUCUUAAUUGCAGGCCUGGCCUUUGCCCACGGGGUUCUGGCUUCCUUGGAAAUAGUUCCUGGUGCGACAUGGACUGCAGGUGGUACCAAUCAACAUGUUCAAGCUCAUGGCGGUGGCAUUAUCGAAGUCGGUGGUGUGUAUUACUGGAUCGGUGAAAACAAGCUUGAUGGAAGCGCUUUCCAAUCCGUGAAUUGCUAUUCUAGCACCAACUUGGUCGAAUGGAACUUCGUUGGAGAGCUGCUGUCUCGUCAGGGUAGCGGAGAUCUGGGUCCCAACCGAGUCGUCGAGCGCCCAAAGGUCAUCUAUAACGAAGCCACACGCAAAUAUGUCAUGUGGAUGCACAUUGAUAGCAGCAACUAUGGCGAGGCAAAGACUGGAGUGGCGACAUCCUCCAGUGUUUGUGGGAAGUACAAUUACCUGGGAUCGUUCCGACCUCUUGGCUUCGAGUCUCGCGACAUGAGUCUUUUCAAAGAUGAUGACGGAUCAGCUUAUCUCUUGACAGAGGAUCGACCCAACGGCCUUCGAAUCAAUCGACUGACCGACGACUACACCAAUGUCGCAUCGAAUGUGUACCUGUGGCCCGAUCAUAUUGAGGCUCCAGCGAUGUUCAAGAAGAACGGCGUUUAUUUCAUGUUUGGGUCGCAGUUGACAGGGUGGUCAACGAAUGACAACAAAUACAGCACUGCCACAAGUCUAAAAGGCCCGUGGUCCUCCUGGAGCAACUUUGCUCCUAGCGGCACACAUACGUACGACUCACAAACGUCGUUUAUUCUAGGGGUCGGUUCAAAUGUCAUGUACAUGGGCGAUCGGUGGCUCUCUUCGAAUCUCAUGGCCUCGACCUAUAUCUGGCUUCCUUUGACACUUUCCGGACGCACUGCACAAUUGACCAACCAAAACAGUUGGACUAUUUCCAACCAGCGAGCUUGGGCGCCCGGCUCAGCAGAAACAGCUUCGGAAGCUGAAUCGUCCUCGAAUUCCCUUACGAAUGGCGCCAAAGUACUUUCCUGCGGUGGAUGUUCUGGCGGCAAAUCCGUGGGCUACCUUGGCGGAAGUAGCAACGGUGGGAUCAAAUUCAGCGGCAUCUCUACCAAAUCCAGUGGCAGAACCACAGUCCAAGUGCGAUAUGAAAAUGGGGACAGCACUCAACGUUACGCCACUGUGAAUGUCAAUGGCAAGUCACAGAUUCUUGCGUUCGUUCCAUCGAAAGAUGGAAACACCCCUUCUUCGUCCACUUUGAAUGUGGACUUGAAUGCAGGGAACUCGAACGUGAUUACUAUCAGCGGAUAUCAAGGCGGAUGGGCGCCGGAUGUUGAUCGUUUGUUAGUACCGCAGCAGUAG